CAGCGUCCCUCCCCCGUCACAGGCUGCGGAUUCGCGCCGUACGGGGAAAAUAGGCGGGAGGCGAGAGGGGAUCUUCAUGGGGAACCGCGACGGGCCUAGCGAGCGUAUUAUUAAUGUUACAUAUUUUUGGUUUCUUUGCGCGGCGACCGCCUCUCGAUGGAAUUUGGCGAGAAAGCGAGAGAGGAAGAGAGAGAGCGGCGGCGUUGCGGGGAAGGAGGAAGGACGCCACCGGUGCUCGGGAGAGACGAGCACGCGGCCCGCACGGGAACUCGGCGUGGUCCGGGAAAGCCACGGCCGGAGCCUAAAGCGGCGGUGCCCGCCAACACCACGACGAAACAUCCCGGAGGGCUGUGGAGGAGCCCGGAUGGGACCCAAACACAUCGGGGGAGGCGUCGAGUCCUCUCGCGAGGAACGGAGAUCUCCGCGUGCGCUGCCCCGGCUCGGGAAGUGGCCCAGCGGAAAGAGGAAAAUUUCGCGGGGCCUGCGAGGCCCCCGGAAGGAUUACGGCACGCACGUCCCUGCGGUCGCAGGACUGCGUGCCUUGCAGCAAUUGGGUCGCGGCGCGGAAACAAUGCGCAUGACUGAACGGGGGGUCGCGGCGUCGAUCCGGGAUCGACCGCGAUCCACCCCGCUUUUGCGUGCGAGCGAGCUAGGAGUAAGAUCGCGUGUCGUGCCCCGAAGGGCUAGUUAUCGGUGUGGCUGGUGAUAGGCCUCAGCGAGAGCCAAGGGACGAGCCUAGAGACGAGGGAGGACAUCGCCUUGGACGUUAUCGGUGAGGUGGCCUGCCAAGAUAAUUUAGUGUGAGCGGUUGCCGGCCGGCGAGGUGUCCCCAGGCCCGUUCUGCAUCCGUUUUUGUGUUGGUGCGUGAUUCGCGUGGGCCGCAGGGCGGUCAUACGUUCGCGUAAGUAAUUGGGGAUUUAUCGGAUGCAAGCGGGCGGGACGCCAACGCGCCGAGCCACGGGGAGGACGGUUGUGAGGACGCUCGGGUUCCGUCGGAGAUUCCCCUCGACCGUGUGCGCCGCAAAGCCCUCGCGCGAGCGAGUAUCGCGUCGCGAGUAGCGGGUGGACGGGACUUCCGGUUUCGCGACGGCGUGUAGUGCGGCAGAUUAUUUUGUGACCCCCGCGAGACACGCGGUCGUGUUCUAUGGUUGCCGGGAGUGUCGGCACGUUCGAACGCCCGAAAUUCAUUGUGCGCGGAAGAUUCCACCGCCCGUCCUUGUCGGCCGCGUGCCCACCGCGGGAGCUUCCCGCGUAUCGUUCGCGUUUCUUUUUGGUUUAAUUCGUGCCGGGGCGCCGCAUUGUCGGAACGCCGCAUGCCGCGUCCCGUGAUAUUAUUGUUUCUGUCCGGCAUUUAUUUUUAAUAAAGUUCGUUAUUUGUUAAGCUCGGAGUCUAAUUUUCUGGUGUGUCGUCCGCCCCUUCGUGUUACCGCAGUCGCCUGCUCCCUUACGAUUCACCCCGCCCCUCUACCGUUAGGCAGAGCUGGUCGAGAUUGUCGCGAGGAUCGAGGACACCUUGGCGUAUUGAUUUUCGCAAAUUGACGCGUCGUCGAGCGCGUCUGGCGCCCAGCAAUUUCGCGCGAUAGCGUGUGGCUGAUAUUCGAGCGCGACAAGCACGGCAUCGGGGGUAUCGGUUACCCAGCCGGUCUUCUUGUUUUUGCCCGCGGCUUUUCCGGUCAGGAAAAGUCGUGACAACUUAUCCGGCCAAAAAUGCAUAUAUUUAAAUGGAAUUUUCUCAGAGAUUAAGGCCCAUUCAUCCAAAAGUCAACAGUUUUUGUUUUUUCACCUCUCCUUUCGAAUGCAUCAUAGUUCAUUCGAAAGUAGAGUUAACAGAUGUUAGCAUCUUUGUUGACCAGUGUAAUUUACAUAUUUAAAUCCACGUCGACUUUACAGAUAAGAAUAUUUUGAAUUGUACUCUCGAGGAUAGUGGUUUUUGGUGCUUAAAUGAUGCUCUGAAACAACGAGAACGAGUAGUCUGGUUAUUAUUGUAUGAUAUGCAGGGAAGAAAAUUUGCUCGUCGACGUAAUAGGACAAUUGAAACUCGAGACAAGAUAUUCGAGACUGUCGGAUUAAAAGACAUUGAUGAUGCGCUUUUAAAAGCCAAGACGCAUUUGGCGGCAAGCUUUUCACGUCUUCGUAUCAGCGGUUCGGCGCUUAAUCUUGAUGAACUUCUUCCAAUGCAUCUGCGUAUCGCGGAAGGAAUAAACUGGACCGACAAAGGUGCAAUUGCUUCCGGAUGGAUCAACAGUAUAAGAGUAUUUAGUAAAAACGAAUUUAUAAAGAACAUGUCAAAGUUAAAAUUUGUACUUUGCGACGAUAUUGAAGUAGCGGAGCUCGAAGAGAACGAAUAUGCCUUUGAUCCAGUUUGCCCAAAGAUGAUUAAUUUACAUGAUAAGGCACGAGAAAAACUCGCCAUGUCCAGUUUGGUUCAUGACCAUCGAUUCAUUUUUUUAAAACGAAACCUCCAAUAGAUGUCCAUUGGAUGUGUUGUAUCCCUUGGUCUCGGGAUACAGUGCGGGACCGCUGCCGAUGACUCCUCGGGAUCAGGUUUCCAAGAGAUAACGCCGAGAGUUAAUAACAAGAGAUAUAUAUUUAUUCUUCCUGUACAGUUUUCGUUAGCGAACCCGAAAGAUGUGUUACUACGUCUAGUUUGUAGUUUCGACGAGCGACAUAUACUCGUCGCUAUUAUUAUUGAUUAUGAGCCCACUCGUUCUCUUUCCGUGGUCUUUAUAUACUCAGCCUUUCGGCUUGUUACCAAGGGGUGUCACUCGCGGUCACGGGCCUUUGGCCCGUGCACUAGCUUAGCCAGCAAUUGCUAGCUAGGCGCAUUCCACCGGAAAUCAGGAGAUUUCGGGUGGCAAAAUGAGUAACCGGAUAUGUAGCUCGGUGUGAUGUCCGGUGUGAAGGCCGGUGCGAUGCCCGGUAGCAAGGCCGGACGGUGUCGUCGCGCGAGGUGUCACUCGACACCCUUCUCGUUAUUACAAGUAGAGUUUGUGUGAGUGUCGCGCACUCACAACAGAUGCAUGUCAUGGAAGUUUGAAACUUCCAGUGAACAUCCAAUACAGAACCAUUAGAAAUCCGUAGUUCCGCAUUGCGUACGUCCAUUGGACCUCUAUUGGACGUUGUCAAGGAUGUCUACUGGACGUUGUGUGGAUCGUUGAUAGAAGCUUCAUGGAGCUUCUAUGGACGUCUGACGGAUGUUUCACGGAUCAUUACGUAUAAAAAAAUAUAUUCUUAACAAAAUGCAUAAGUACCUUUAUUCAAGAAUAUUUUAUACUUAAAAUACGCUAUUUUAUACUUAAAAUAACGUACGGUAUAAAUAUUUUUUGAUU